UUUGCCGGUAGUAAAUUUACUAUUUAGUACAACAGAUCAGGUUUUUUGUCAUUACCAUUUACCAUAAUUUGGUUUAUUGGUGCAAUUUGGUUGUUGUUGCCUGUCUGUAUAAAUUUAAAUUAAAAAAUAUUUGUCAUUAAUUGUGCUUCUAAGUUCUAAUUUCCAUUGGUUCGGCAACUCGUCACUCGUCAGUCAACAUCGUGUUUACGUGUAUUCGUGUUUCAUACUUUCGUCUUUGAAGUUUGUCGUCAACAACUCUAAAAAGUGACACUGAACAAACUAUAUUUUCAUAACUUGUACAUUGCACAGUUGUCUUUCUGAGCCUCAACUAAUUCGUAUUCAAUUUAUGAAUAUCUGCUAUUAGUUUUAAAUUGUAUUAAAUAGAUUUUCGUAGUUAAAAUGCGUAUUAAAUUAAACCUUUCGCAACUGACACCGGACAGAAAUCCAGCAGUUUACUGGCUUCAUAUAGACAGAUCUUGCAUUACAUUAAUAAAACAACUGAAAGAAAAAGUACGAAAAGUGUUAAAAGAAUCUCGUGAUAUAGAAUUAUGUUUUGACAAUGUACCAUUUCUGGAUGAAGAUGAUAUCAAUGCAAUUAAUGAAAACGAAGAAAUAGCUAUUAUACUGAAAAAAAAAAAUAUUUGUGAUGACCCAAAGUAUAUCCAAACCGAAUCAAAUAAUAUUGAGUUCGAUACAGAAUUUGAUAUGAUUCCUGCUAAUACCAAUGGAGAUUUGUCCCCUUGUCGUAAUAUUAUUAAGCUCAAUAAAAAAUUGAAUUCAACUAAACAAAUAACAAAUUCUAUUGAUAAUGGAAUAUCAUCCCCUUAUUAUGAAGUGGAUGAAGAACCCAAAAAUGAUAAUGAAAAUUCAACUUCUUCUGAACUCUUAAAAAAAAUUCCAAAGAAAAGAGUUCGCAAGAGGACACAUAAAAAAAAAAAAAAUAAUGAACUUGUUGCAAACGAACCUGUUGAAAAUGAUUAUGUGGGUACUUUAUCUGAGACUUCUAUCAUAUCCUCAAAGGAAGCUAGUAAAUUGCACAAGCGCUUUAAAUUAGAUAAUGGAGAAAACAAUGUACAAGAAGGUUGUUCUCCUUCCAUAAAUUCUGAAGAACCAAAUCUUCAUGUAACUAGAGACGUUUUUCGCUGUGACUCUCCAGCUUUAAAUUCUAAAGAACAAACAAAUAUAAGCCUACCUGUUUGGAAGUAUGAAAAACCAUUAAAUAUUAAAUUCAAUAAAGUUCCAGUAUUUGUACGUGGUCAAACGUGUACACCAAAAGCUUCUACAGAAAAUAGUUCUUAUAUUGAAAAUGACAACAAUAAUUCUAAUGAUAGCAAUACAAGUGAAAAUUGUGAUAUGUUAGUUGUAGAUUGGAAGAACAUGACUCAGAUAAAAAUAACAAAUAUUACCGAGUUACAAAUUUAUGAUCUAUUACAAUUCAGAAUUAUGUCCAUGAAUGAAUGUGGUGAACCCCAAUUGUCAUCUGUUAUAACUGCACGUCUAGAUCACAUUUAUAAAUGUACAUUACAUAUUCAAGUACUUUCUGGAGUAAAAGAAUUUUUAACAAUUAAUCCAAAAUUCAAAAUGGACGAUGAAGAAGAUAUUGGAACUCAGCGUGAAGUUGAAUUUGAUGAUUUAUUUGACAUUUUUAAACUUGUGUAAUCUGUAUGCUUGUGUUUUUUUUAUAUUGUUAUUAUUAACUUACAAGUUGUACAUGUUUUAAAUAAUAAACAAACAAUCUAUA